AUGUCGACCCCCGAAGUGGCCAUCAUCGGCGCGGGCCUGGCGGGCCUCACGUUGGCUCUGGCUCUGCAUGACCAAGGCAUCAAGGCCACAAUCUACGAGUCUAGACCAGCGCCCCUCAACAUCGGCGGCGCAGUCAUGCUAUCCCCCAACGCCCUAAAGGUCUUGGAUGCCCUGGGCUUGUACCAGGAUGUCCGUGGCCGGGGCUACAACUUUGAACUUCUCAAGGUGGUGACAGUCGACGGUGACCUCGUCGAGACCUACGAGUUUGGCGGCAAGGAGAAAUACGGCUACCAAGCGAAUCGAUGCUAUCGCCACGAGCUCAUCGACGUGAUAUUGUCCAAGGUCGAGUCGCUGGGUAUCCCCGUGGUGUUUGGUCGAAAGUACACUCACAUCGUCGAGGAGACCGACCAUCACAUUGUCUGGGAGUCGGCUGAUGGCACACAAUCCACCGCGUCCAUCCUCGUCGGAGCUGACGGGAUCCAUUCGUCUGUUCGAAAAUACCUCUAUCCAGACGUGGAGCCAAAGUUCAUCGGAAUGGCAGGCAUCACCUCAGCCGUCCCCGCGAGUCAAGUCACCUACCCCUACGGAAAGAUUGACCAACCCCUCACCAUCACCGCUGAAGGCAAAGGUGCAUUCGUGAUUGCGCCUCAGAAACCGGACGCCUCGGAAAUGUUCUUCGGGAGACAGAAGCGCAUUGACGAGCUGAGCCGAGAAGGAUGGGACAAGUUCCUUGCAGACAAAGAAGGCUUGGUCAAGUUCCUGCAGGAGGGCGCCGAAGCAUUUGGCGAGGUUGCCGUCACUGCCACGGCAAAGAUCCCGCAUGACAAGAUCAACGUUUGGCCCUUCUAUGUCAUCCCGCCCCUGGACAGGUGGGCUUCCCAGAAGCGUAGGGUUGUGAUUCUGGGUGAUGCCGCCCAUGCCAUCCCACCCAGUGCCGGGCAGGGAAUCAAUCAGGCUUUCGAAGAUGUAUACAUGUUCUCGCUUCUCCUGGCGGGGGCUCAGUCGGGCGGUGUCAAUUUCGAGGAUGCCUUGACGUUCUGGCAGGGGUUCCGUCAAGACAGGAUCAACAAGAUCUUGGAGCUGAACAAGCAGAUUGACUUGAGGAGGAUGCCGAAGAGUUCUCGCCCUGCCGAUCUGGUGGAUGAAGUCGUGCAGAAGGAGUUUGACUUGCGCUGGCUGUAUGAGCCGGACUUUAAGGCGGAAGUGGAAAACUGGAUCCGAAGCGCUAAGAGUUAG